AUGGCCACAUCUGAAAAGCGUCGCGAGUGCCGUAGGGAAUCUAGAAACAGCACUAGCGACGAGGACGAUUCGAGGUAUGAAUGCAGCAUUUGCUAUAAAGAAGCAGUGAAUCCAGUUGUUCUUAGCUGUGGCCAUUUUUAUUGCUGGGAGUGUAUUGAUGAAUGGUUGAAUAAAUACGCACAUGAAAAUAAACAAUGUCCUAUCUGUAAAACGCAUGUACGAGAUGGUGGUAUCAUCCCGAUUUAUGGGAAAGGUUUAGUGAAGUAUUGUGAAAAUCCGAGACCCUCAGCACGCGCAUUAAAUCUCAAAGAUGAUAAGGAUGAUUCACCGACUGGAGCUAUAAAGUGGAUGGAUUUUUUCAAAGUAAGUGCUAUUGUUGCUGGCUUAGUUGGUUCAUUCAUACUUGGCAAGCAAGUAGCAAAAAGGUAA